AUGACGGCUGAAGUGCGAAGGGAUUCAUUCAAGACGUUCUGGGACAAGUACUCAGAUAAACCUGACACUAAUUCAAUGAUGCUCAACCAGACUGCACAAGAUCUUGAAGCUAGCGAUAGAGCAGAUAUCCUGUCCAGCCUACCUCACCUAACCAACAAAGAUGUGGUCGAUAUUGGCGCUGGAAUCGGGCGCUUCACCACAGUUCUAGCAGAAACAGCUCGAUGGGUUCUUUCGACGGAUUUCAUCGAAUCGUUCAUCGAAAAAAAUCAAGAACGAAAUGCUCACAUGGGCAACAUCAGUUAUCAAAUAGGAGACGCAGUCCAUUUGCAAAUGGACGAGAAAAGGUGCGUUACUCGUGGAUCUCGUUUUUACGAAUUGGCUGAUGAUGUACCUCUCCGAUCGGGAAGCCGUCUGAAGACCGCCACGAUGCACUCAGCCGUUGACGCCAACCCAACACAUUACCGUUUCUCAUCACUGUAUAUUAAGCUUCUUCGAGCAAUCCGAUACCGGGACAGUGAUGGAAAAAUGUGGAAAUUUGAUGUGCAGUGGAGCUGCUCGGUGCCCACCUACAUACGGAGGUGCAAUAACUGGCGUCAAGUACAUUGGUUGACGAAGAAGGUACCGGCAGUUGGCGACGAAGAGACUUCAGUCGACGAUUUGCUCAACUUGUUCAGCCAGAUCUGGCCAGCCGAACAGAAGAAGUGGGAUGAGAAACUAGACAAUGAGAAAUACAGUUGGACUGAUAAGAUAUUUUCGAAUGCGAUCGAUGAAGAAGUGGUGCCGAAGAACAGUACCGCCUAUGUCUUCACACCGAGGCAACGAUCCCCCUUCUUGCACGUUAAUUCGCACCUUCUAGCAGAGAAGUUCACAUGCAAUGUAUGGAAUGUUGAAACAAAGGAGUAUUUGUAUCGCACCUCACUGACGAAGGCAAACAACCAGAAGGACCAACGAGUCCGCUUUGGUUGGAACGAUUCGUUGUCUUCGUCGAUUGAUUACUGGAAUCAGAGGGACGCUUCAUUUGACUGCAUG